AUGGCUUCUCGAGUUGAGCAGUUGCUUGCAAAGGCGACAUCCGACUGUAUCCCCGAGGAACCUCGUUCGCCUUCUGUCGCCCCUUCGCUUACCUACUCUGAGGACUCGGAAGAUCAAGAUGAACUGCAGCACCGCGAACCGCCACGCCGGCGGCGCGCUUCCACUAGGCUCAUUGCUCAAAGCGCUGCUGACAUCCAGAGAAUUACCGGCGAGUCUACUCAGCAAUUGAUCAACCGGUGUUGUGGCGGUGGAUGUUGCAUGAACUCGCAGAAGAAAAAGCAGGGCAUCGAAUACGAACGCGUCCCGCUUCCUGACAAUGACGCCUUCCGAUCAUUAAACCUCAAGAUCGACGAGAUUCCCACUGUCUUGACCAGCAUUACCGACCUGCCUGAACAGACUGCAUUCCUCGAGAAGCCCAUUCGACGCGUCUCAACGACCCCUUCACCCACGGAUUCGGGCAUAUCUCUUGGAAAUGAUGCAAACACCAACCCUGACAACUCAGUUACUCUUGAGAAGAGCUUUGAGAAUAUGGCUCUCGAGGAGCUCGAUACGUCAAUCCAGCCUCCCUCAUUCGUUCAGCCACACCCUCCGUACCACGUAUUUCCGGCCAAGAUCCACAACACCCGGGAGCUGACGAGACCGGGCGCCGAGAAAAGGACCUUCCAUUUCGACAUUGAUGUGACAGACUAUCCCGAUGAGGGCGGCCUGGACUUCAAGGUUGGAGGGGCCAUUGGUGUCUCUGCUCCAAACGACACUGCCGCGGUCGACGAUGUCCUCGACUUGCUUUCGGUCCCACGCUUCAUACGUGACAAGCCGGUCUUACUACGCACUGCGCGCGGCAGAUGGCCUACCGUUUGGGGUGACGACAAGGCGCGAGAAUUGGUCACCACUCGCAGAGACCUGUUGACUUGGUGCUCCGAUAUCCAAUCAUACCCACCCACAAAGCCUCUCCUACGCAUUCUUGCCGAGCACGCCAACGACCCCAACGAGAAGAAGAUUCUUAUGUUCUUGUGUUCCGGAGAAGGGCAAGGCGUCUUCUGUGACUUCCGCACUGGACCACACAUGUCUCUCUCUCAGCUCCUCAACGCCUUUCCCUCCGCGAAGCCUCCGUUGGACCUGUUACUCUCCGUUCUGCAGCAACUGAUGCCGCGUUUCUACUCCCUUUCGAACGACCCUCAUGAGUCGUUCGAGGUCAGGGAUGGGAAGCAACACCGAUUGGUCGAAAUCGCUGUUUCGGUCCAUGACACGGCCGACUGGAGACAGGGCUGCCGGACAGGCGUCGGCUCCGGCUUCUUCGAACGCCAGGCCCGGAAAUACAUGGCCCUUCAGCGGAGUGGAGAUAAGGCACCUCAGGUGCAUAUCCCUAUGUUCAAGGGCCUGAUGGCGAACCCGCUUGCGAAGCAGUUUGUGACUGAUGGACCGAUGCUCCUUAUUGGGGCUGGCGUCGGCAUCGCCCCAUUCCGUGGCUUCGUUCAGCGACGUCUGAAGAGCGCCAACUGCGCCAACAAGGUCUGGGUUCUACAAGGCGUUCGCGACUCGCUGGUCGAUGAGCUUUACAGUGGAGAAUGGGGAGUACACGAGGACGAGGUCAAGCGCGUGGUGCAGAGCCGACGUGGUGAGGGACAAUAUGUCCAAGAAGAGGUUGCCAACCAGGCCGAUCUCGUGUGGUACAUCAUCAACUCUGUCGACGGAAGAGUUUUUGUGUGCGGAAGCAGCAAGGGCAUGGGCGAAGGUGUCGAAGAGGCUCUGAUCAAAGUAGCCAUGGCCAAAGGCAAUCUGGAGCAUGACGAAGCGAAGAAUUUCUGGGACUUGAAAAAAGAAGUCGGACAGUAUAUCGCCGAAACCUGGUAA